UGACUACUAUCUGCAGAUUAUAGAUUGAUAGUUUAAGUCAGUUAAGUCGAGUUGGUCAUAAGUGGUCGUAGGUGGUCAUAGGUUUUGUUCCGAACAGUUCCAGAUACUGAUUCGAAGCAGGCCUCUUUGAAUUGCUAAGAGAGAGGAAAAUGGUUUCAUCGGCUGUACGGUCGACCAUACUACGUGGUUCCACGGUUAGACAUUAUGCAGCAGUUGCAGCAGCUGCACAAUCCUGCGGUCCUGCUGUACCAGAAUGUAAAGUUUUGAGUAAUAAAGUCACUAUUGCUGCUUAUGACAAUAAUUCUCCAAUUACACAAGUGUCCAUCAUUUUCAGAGCUGGAUCUCGAAAUGAAACAUAUGAUACGCAAGGUAUGAUACAUCACUUGAGGGUAUUAGCAGGACAAAGUACAUCAAGAGCAAGUGGAUUUGCUAUAACAAGGAAUAUCCAACAGCUUGGUGGAAAUUUAUUGACUGUUGUAGAUCGUGAAAGUAUAGCAUAUACUUUACAGAUUACUAGAAAUAAUUUAAAUGAUGCUCUAAAGUUUUUGGAUUGUGUUGCAACUAAGCAAGUAUUUAAACCAUGGGAGGUAUCUGAUCAAGCACCCAGAUUACAAUAUGAACUGCAGUCUAUUCCUGAUACAACUAGAGUACUUGAACUUUUACACAAAGCAGCAUUUCGUAGAGGGCUUGGAUAUUCCCUCUUUUCGCCAAAGCAUCAAAUAGGUAAAAUUGGUACAGAAACUCUGCAACAUUUUGUCAACUCGUGGUAUACUGCACCCAAAUGUGCAGUUGUAGCAGUUGGAGUUCCACUAUCACAUAUUACUGCUUUUGCUUCAAAUUUGGAAAUUUCUUCAGAAGACUGCGCAAAUGAAGCAUCAAAAUACCAUGGUGGAGAAAUUCGAAAAGAAAAGGGAUCGAAUUUAACAAAUGUAGCGGUAGCUGUUGAAGGUGUAAAUAUGAAGAAUGAGAAAGAUGCUUUAGCCUGUGCAAUUCUUCAGAGGGCAUCUAGUACUGACCCAAGAGUCAAAUGGGGUAAUAGUUCAAGCCCGUUGUACAAGCAAGUCGCAAACGCUGCCGGCACAGAUCCGUUCGCUUUGUCAACUUUUAAUGCCAAUUAUACAGAUUCUGGACUUUUUGGUUUUGUUUUGUGUUCUACACCUGACAUUGCAGGACCUCUAACAAAAGAAGCCAGUAAAUGGUUAAAAUCCAUGAAGCUUUCUGAUAAAGACAUUGCUCGUGGCAAAGCUAUAUUGAAAGCUGAAAUUUUGGAUGCAGCAGAUAAUGAAUCUAUGUUGUUAGAGAACAUGCAAUAUCAGGCUUUGUUUAAAGGACAAAUUUCUACGCCGGCUACUUUAAUGGCCGAUGUUGACAAAGUUUCUGCAUCUGACGUUCAAUCCGUUGCUGCUAAACUUUCCAAAGGAAAUUUAUCUAUGGCUGCUGUUGGUAAUUUGAAAACUGUACCGUACAUCGACGAAUUGAAAUAGAUUAUUACGACUGUUACUCCAAAAAAGCAAGUAGCACAAAGUCGAUACUAACUCUCUUCAGUACUGUGAAGAUCGAGGUCAAGGUAUAUGUAAACUACAAACCUAAGUCAUCACACGUAUUUAAUAAUUAUCUGCAUUUCUUUGCAGUGAAUAUAACUGUGUAGAUACGAAUAAAAAUAAAAAUUGUUUAUUCUCAA